UGAACUGGAAGCUGCAAUGCUUGCCAUGGCUGGUAUGAAGGACGCUCUGGAAGCGCGAGAAAAGUCCUUGGAAGAAGCUCGAGAGGCAAACAGGGUAUUGACGGCGGAGACGCAGAUGAUGAGGAAACAUAGGACCGAUCUGCAUAAUCAGAUGGGCGCCCUGAACAGAAGGUGCAUAGCUCAAGAGAAGUAUGUCACCGACUGGGCUGAGCAAACGAUGACUUGUCUGGCUGACUUUUGCGGAGACCCUGAAGCUGAAACAGCGGCUGUGGAACAGUCUGUUAAGGACAAAGUUCCACUCGAGUCAACUGGUCAAACUUUGUAG